UUUUAUUUAUUUUCAUACAAUGCAGCAUGAAGUAAAAGAAAAAAUUUUGGCCAUCUUCCAUCUUUCCUUGUAAGUAUGUUAUUAUUGAUUAAAAAUAAAUGUUGUGCAAGUUACUAAGCAACUAAAUACUAAUGUAUAAGUGUCAAUUUGUGUCUAGUAGAUUAAUGUAGGGUGUUUUUUUUAUUUUUUUUUAUACAUGCACGUCUUUUUUUUAUAUAAAUAGUCGUAAUACAUAACGUUGCUAAUUAUCAAACAAACUGCCACUUUGGAAUUAAAUAAAACCGUCAUAAUUGGUUGAUUAUGCCUGAUAUGAAGUUACACCAAGCCAUUGAGGCGACAGGGCACAAGGAAUUGGGGAAAAAACAAAAAAGUGCAAACGCUGCGUCCAACACAAAUGCUGUUUCUGAUUACGAUUUGAACGUUUCAAAGCAAAGGGUUUACAAUGUUCUGAAGGCAGCAGUGGAGAACAAUGAGCUUGUUGCCUGUUUGCCAUUGCUUAUUAAGAAGAAUGGUAAAGUUCUGGAGGUGCUUUCCGUGGAAAAAAAGGAACAUGUAGAUUUCAUAAAAGACGUUUGUUUAAAAUUUUACGAAAACAGAAGGGCACGAUCAAUUGGCGACAAAUCGGAAGUGCCGAAAAGGAAGAGUGGAAAGAAAGAUACUAAGAAUGAAGCAAUACAUGAAAAAGACGUAACAGUAUUACUAAGCAACAAGAAAACUCAACGCUAUACGAAAGUGAAGCCUCUAUUGUCACAUGCAAUUUCCCUAUUUCUGAAACUGAGAUGCGUAAAUUUAAAAAGGCGUGACAUCAUUGAUAAAUAUGGUCUUCACGCUAACGCCACUAAAUUUAUCAAUUGCCUUGAAAUCCUUGCAGAUAUUGCUGCUGAACUGUUAUUCCAAUCUGACAAAGAGAUCGCCGAAAAGGGAGAAGAACUGAUGAAGGCUGCCAGAAAUAGCAAAAUGUUACAAGGGUUAAUUAAUGAGUUACUGGUGAAAGUAGACAAUUUAAGGAAGCAAAGUUCCAAGCAACUGGCUGAAAAGGAAGUUGUCUUAGAUCAGUUACAAAAUAAGAAAGAUUUGGUCGUUUUCGACUACAGAAACCGUUUAAAAGACGUUUGUAUAUCGUCUACAUUUAAUAUGGCCGAGGCAAAUGUCGAAAGUGCAGAACGAUCGGAGGAAUUGAAAAAACAAGUGAAAGAAAUGACGGAAACGUACGCGACACUUUGUAAUAAUAACCUCUCAACGGAGAAAAAGCUGAAAAACAAAUGCGGUAAAGUCGAAUCACAAUUGGCCAGUUGGCUUGCAAAAUACGACUCAGAUGUUGGAGAUAAAAGAAUGGAAUACGAAAGACUACGUGACGACCUUGAUGAUUUGGAUUCUGCAAUUGAUGAUUUGGAGGAUAUGAUCGCCGAUUUGGAUCCCCAAUAUUUACUUUUCAAAGAGGAAGAGGAAGAAGAACUUCAGGAGAAGUUCAACGAAAUGGCUUACAAAUUUUUACUUAACCGAUCCGCAAUGACAAUUCAGAGAUACUGGAGGGCGUACAGAUUAGAAAAGAAAACCAAAAAGAAAGGAAAAGGAGGAAAAAAAGGCAAAGGCAAAGACAAGUAAACAACGAAGUUGUACUUAAUUAUUAAGUACGAAAAGAAAUGGACGUUCGCUUAGAAGCUUAUUGGAAUUAGUAAUAGAAAUGCAUUGAAAAAUAACGAUCUUUGCUUACAACAAUAACAAGGUUAUCAAUAAAAAAUGUGUGGUGUUCUGUUUUUUCUUUACAAUAAAUAUUGCACGAAUAUUUAGCCUAUUAACCCCACCAACACGCGUGGAUACCGUUCGUGAAGAGGCUUUCAAACCGUGCGUUUUUCAUGUCUGAUGCAUUUUUAACUACUUUGUGAUGGCUUAGGGUACCACACUAUCCCGAAAGGGUACAUUAUUUAGAAAAAUCUAUCCCUUCUUUCCUGAUAAUCACAAUUACACGAACAUUUGGCAUAUCAUUCCCACGAACACGCGUGGAUACCAUUCGUAAAGAGGCGCGCGUGAAUACUCUUAUCAGUUUUAAUAUAGUACGAGAAUUGGGCUU